AUGUCGGAGGGGGGGAUCGGCGCGCCCUCCAGGAGAAGCAGCGGUGAACGAGCUAAUGCGAGUGGUUCUGAUGGACGCGCCAAUGGAAGUGGUCCCGUUGAGCGCGGCACUGACGGACGCGCUGACGAGCCUUGCAAAGGGGAAGACCCCCACCACGGGAGCCCCCCUUUCCACAAAGACUUCUUUAAAAAGCCGUGCUACCUAAACGUGUCGAGUCAGCUGGCCCUGGAGUGCCUCUGCUGCUCCAUGGGAGACGUAUUCACGUUGAACCAGUCCUUCCGAGCAGAAAAUUCAAACACAGUAAGACACCUGAGUGAGUUCCUGAUGAUGGAAGUAGAGUUGGCCUUCUCCAACUUGGAGACCAUCAUUUCUUUGGCAGAGGAAUACAUUAAAGAAAUGGUAAAAUUUGCUCUCCACAAAUCGGAGGACAUCGAUUACAUUAGUGAACACCACGAUGACAAAUUGAAGGAGAAGCUGCAAAACGUGUUGCAAAAACCGUUCGUUGUCAUCACGUACGGUGAAGCUGUUCAGAUUAUAAAGGAGCACAUGGUUCAUACGGACGCAGCCCCGCAUAAAGACGCAGCCCCACUUGCAGACGCAGCCCCACGCUCAGGCGACUUAACCUUUGAGGAACAAAAAUUUUUGACUAAUGUGCAUUUUAGCUCCCCGGUGGUUGUUAUUAACUACCCACAGGACAUGAAACCGUUUUACAUGACUCUAAAUGCGGAUGGCAAAACAGUUGCUUGUAUGGAUGUGCUCCUUCCGGACGUUGGAGAAGUGGUUGGUGGAUCAGAGAGAGAGAUAAGGAUACACACAUUGGAGAGGAGGAUGAAAGAGAAACGUCUGGAUCUCCGAUUGUAUGAGCCAUAUUUACAGCUUCGUCGUUAUGGUAAUAUCCCUCAUGCGGGGUUUGGUCUUGGCUUGGAUAGGCUUGUUAUGUUUCUCACCUCUAUGAGCAACAUCCGGGACGUCGUGCCCUUUCCGCGCUCCCCCGGUUCGCUCUUU